AUGCGCUCCGCCGUAGGAGUUGCUGCUGCUGCUACCCCCGCAGUGUUGCUGCUGCUGCUGCUGCUGCUGCUGCAGCAGUGUUGUGUGUGUGGCUUCCGCGUCUUUCCCUACAGCAGCAACUGCAGCAACAGCAGCAGCAGCUUCUGCAGCAGCAGCUACAGCAGCAGCAGCAGCAGCAGCAGCAGCAGGAGUCGACGAGUAUAUCAGCAGCUGCAGGCAAAGAAGCCGUCGUGGCAUGUUAUGUUCGAUGACCGCAGCAGCAAGCAGCAGCAGCAGCAGCAGCAGCAGGAGCUGCAGCAGCAGCAGCAGGAGCUGCAGCAGCAGCUGCAGCAGCAGCUAGGUAGCCCCGUGCUGCGCGUAUCGUGGGAGCCAGAAACAGCAGCAAAUGCAGCAGAAGCACUAGGGCAGCAGCAGCAGCAGCAGCGGCUGCUGCGGCUGGGAUACUCACAGCUGCAGCAGCACGCCCCUGAAGCAGCAGCAGCAACAGCAGCAGCAUCACCAUAUCUAGCAGCUCAGGAAAAAAGAAUUUUUAAACAGCAGCAACAAAACAUAUACCCCAAACACCAGCAGCAGCAGCAGCAGCUGCUGCUGCUGCAGCAGCAGCAGCAGCAGCAGCAGCAGCAGGAUGAGGAGAGGGGCCCCUACUUCGGGGCCGAUAACGUCCGCCAGUUUCAUCGCUACAACGCAUACUGGGACCCAGCCAGAUCUAGCUACGGGCGGGCCUCUCACGCGCCCGUCGCUUCAUCGAUGGCUCCCUUCGGCCACUCACCAAAGAGACCCGUCAGGGAAUCGGACCUAGCGGCUCCAUCUGUGCCGUUUGGUUGGCGGGUAUACAGCUGUCUCUCCCUCCUAAAGCUGCCGUUCCUUCUCCAGCAGCAGCAGCAGCAGCAGCAGCAGCAGCAGCAGCAGCAGCAGCAGCAGCAGCAGCAGCAUGGAGUUUCUCUGUGUCUUUGGGAUACACUGGGCCACAGCCGGCUGCACCUCAGCCAUAUAUUGUGGGGCCGCGCCUCAGCCCAGCUGCAGGACGUGGGGGGCCGCCUGCUGUCGCUGCUGCAGCUUGGAGUUUCUCUGUGUCUAUGGGAUACACUGGGCCACAGCCGGCUGCACCUCAGCCACAUAUUGUGGGGCCGCGCCUCAGCCCAGCUGCAGGACGUGGGGGGCCGCCUGCUGUCGCUGCUGCAGCUGCGCAGCAUAUACACAGAGCUACAAGCAGCAAACCCUCCUCCUGCUGCUGCUGCUGCUGCUGCUGCUCCUGCUGCUGCUGCUGCUGGUGGUGGAAGGGGGGUGAGUGGGGUUGUCCCGGGUCCUGCUGCACUGCAUAUGCUGCCGCCAAAGAACCAGAGAACAGCAGCAGCAGCAGCAGCAGCAGAUACAGCAGCAGCAGAUACAGCAGCAGCAGCAGCAGCAGCAGCAGCAGCAGCAGCAGGAGAAAGUGCGUGGAUGUCUCCGUACAUUGGUGACUAUGCUGUCUUUGCUUCUCCUUCGCUGCAUCAUGCGCAGCAGUUUAUUCUCUCUAACCCAAAAGCUAGAGCAGGUAUGUAUAUAGAGCAGCAUCUGUGGGAGUGUGCGGAUAUGACGGGUGAGCAUUUGCUGCUGGGCAAAGAAGAAACGAGAAACAGCCAGCAGCAGCAGCAGCGCCUCUUCUUCUUUCUAGGUAGACUCAAACAAACUCCUGCUGCUGCUGCUGCUGCUGCUCCCGCUGCUGCUGCUGCUGCUGCUGCUGCUGCUGCUGCUGCUGGGGGUGGUGAUGCUGCUGCUGGUGGCGGCGCUAGUACAAUUGGCGGCAAAUCCAAAUCAAGCGAUCCUGCAGCAGCAGCAGCAGCAACAGCAGCAGCAGCAGCAGCAGCAGCAGACCCAGCAGCAGCAACUCAGGAUAAUCCUCCUGCUGAGGAAACGCAGCAGCAGCAAGAUGCCACCAGCAGCAGCAGGAGAAAGUGCGUGGAUGUCUCCUUACAUUGGUGA